CGAAAACAAAAUCGCAAUUAGAAAAAUUGAGGGGAGAAAGGAAAGUCCAAGACCAAAACCCCAACCCGAAGGCAGAGAAAGCCAUAAACAAGGCAAGCAAAGUAUCCGAUCCCGACUAAUCAAUCACCCAAAUCCAUCCAUUAAUUCCCCACCCGAUCCCCGGCGGCCGCGUCAUGCUCCGGCCAUUCCCCUCCUCCUCCCACCGCCCCGCCGCUAGUCCACCCCCUACGUCCGCGGCCGCAGCCGCCGCAGCCAUGGCACCAUCCUCCUCCCGCUCCCCGGCCGGCGGCGGCCACAUCUCUUUCUCCCUGUCCCCCUCCUCGUGCAGGCACACGCCGUCGUCGGCCACGCUCGAUCUCCUCAUCCUUUUGCUCGUGCUCUUCUCGCUCGCCUUCCUCCUUGCCUCCUCGCUCGCCCACGUCUCGCGCUCGCUCUCCCCGCUCCUCGCAUCGCCGCCUGCCGCCGCGGCGCUAGCCUCCGCCGCCGCUGCUCUACCUUACCUCGCUGCUGGUCUUCCCUACCUCGCCGCGGGGGCGGUGCUCGCCGGCGCGGCCUUCCUGUCCUGUCGCCGCCUCCCGCGCCGCAGGUGCCGCAACCCACGCUGCCGCGGGCUCCGGAAGGCGCUCGAGUUCGACGUCCAGCUCCAGACCGAGGACGCCGUGCGGGCCGGCGCAGGGAGCACCGUUGGUGGCGCGGAUGCUGCCAUGUGGCGCGAGAUCGAGGCCUUGCCGUGGAAAGGCGGGCAGAGUGGGAACAAUCCGGACUACGAGUGCCUUCGUGCAGAGCUCCGCCGGAUGGCGCCGCCCAACGGCCGUGCUGUGCUGCUCUUCCGCAACAGAUGUGGCUGCCCUGUGGCUAAGCUCGAGGGCUGGGGCACCCCGAAAAGCAAGCGGCGGAACAAGAAGGGUACGCAAGGUUCUUCCCUGGACGGAGGGGUGCGAUAAAAACAUUGCUGCUUUAGGCUGCCAAGGAAUACUUGUCAGAAAAUACUUGCGAUGAAAGAUACAUGUAUUACAAGUGGUUGCACCAUAAUUGUAUUGCUAGCCGGGGUUCUUCUGGAUCUCAACAGAAAUACUGAUACAAGUCAAAUAAUAAUGAUAGACUGUUAAAGAAAGAAAACAAAAAACAUUGGAGAUGUAUCAGUGUUGUCAACCUGUCAUGCUAUUAUUAUGUCACAUUGCUUUUUUGCCUCUUUACCUUGAAUACAUUUUUGCCACC